UGUUAAUUCCCGAUAAGACACUGACACCCCAGGUGGAACGUGUGAGUGUUCUGGAGCGGAUUACGUCACUGUGACGUAACAGAACCCGCAGUAAGGCAAUGACAGCGAGGCGGUUUGUCAUUGAACUCUAACUGAGUUACGAUGCAGCACUUCAUGACUUCUGCACAUAUCCCACUGCGCCCCCUACUGUAUGUCGGUGGAGCUUCAGUCACAGCAGCAGUUUGUUAUUAUUUAUUUAAGAUGCGAGGCGAUGGAGAGAAAGAAGGAGAGAACGAGGACACACGUGUUACAGAGGUACAGCCUGUCUCUUUACUGAAUCCAGCCCUGAUGUGUGAUGAUGCCACACAGACGGACAGCGCAGUCCAUGAGGUCACUCUGGUUGAAGCUGAGGAGAAACACAAGCAGGCGAAGGAGUCCACUGAUGAGCUGCAGCAGCAGAACGCUGACCUGAUGUCACAGGUGGAAACACUGCAAAACACAGUGCAGGAGUUGGGCAACCUGCUCGCUGAGACCCACACUGAGUGCAAUGACACAAGAAGGUUGUAUGAGACAGAGCUGAACCUUCGCAAAUACCUGCAGUCUGACUACGAACGGAAGGAGGAAAAGUUUACUCAGGAAAUCAACUCUCUAAGGGUCACUCUGACUGAAGCUAAGAGCAAAUAUGAGCAGGCCAUGGAGUCCAACACUCAUCUGGAUAUCAAGAACUCCAGGCUGUGGUCUGAUAUAAAGUUACUGCAAGACACAAUGCUGGAGAUAGACGAAGAGCUCUCUCUGAGCCGGAUAAGGUGUAAUGAGCUAAUGAGGGAGUGUGAGUUACAAAAACGUGAGUUGAGGAACCUGCAUUCCAAGCGGAACGAGACAGAGCAAAUGUCACAAGAGGAGUAUGAGCGAGAGAGGGAGGGUCACAGUGUCCUGAAGUUCGAUCAGAUGACUUCAACACAUAACGAGGAGAUACUACAGGACGUCCAGGCUAAAGCUACCAGGCUUUAUGGGGAGGUGACAGAGUCCCAUGAUCACCUAAAGAGGGAUGAGUAUGAGUUGAAACUGCGAGAGUCAGUUCAGAAGAUGGAGAGAGAGCUCAGUGAGUCACAUAGGAAGUAUGAAGAGAUAAAGAGGGAGUACGAGCGAGAGAAAGAGGCUCACAGUGUCCUGAAGGUCAAUCAGAAGACUUCAACACAUCACAAGUGGUUACUACAGGUUUCUCAGGCUGAAGCUGAGGAGAACUAUCAGUCCACUGCUCAGAUGCAGAAUAAGAACUCUGACCUGAUGUCCCAGGUGAAGACGCUGCAAAACACGGUGCAGGGGCUGAGCAGCCUGCUCGCUGAGACACGCAAGAAGUGUGAAACGGCAAAAGAGGAGCAUAAGGUUGUGAAUGGCAUCCUUCAGUUCGUGGAGACCAAGGCCAGAAAACGGGAGAAAUUUUUACUACGGAAAAGAAAAGCCAUUCAGGAGUCUCUGGAUGAAGCUGAAGAAAACUACAGGGAGGCGAUGGAUAGGGUUACUGAGCUGGAGAAUGAGAACAUUGACAGGGUGGCUGAAGUGCACACACUGCAAGAUGAAAUGACUCAUUUGGUACAAAAUCUCUCUGAUACCCAGAUGAUGUUUGAGCGGACAAUGAGGGACUUGGAGCAAAAAAGUCGUCAGUUCACGGAGCUAAAGUCCAAGUGGGAAUUAUUAAACGAAACUGUGCUAAAGGAUUAUCAGGUUGAGUGUCAAGCUCACAAAGUCCUGAAGGUGCAGUACAGUGAGAUGAAGGAACAACACAACAAGUUACAUGAGUGGGUGGUGCAAGUCAAACAGCAGGAUCGUGUGCGAGUGAGUGAGGAUUACAGCAUCCUGCAGGCUCAAUAUGAAGAAUUAAAACAACACCAUGGUUCACUAAUGGUCAGUGUUGCUGAGGAGAAAUAUGCUCUGCUGUACAGCAAGAAGUCUGACCUGAUAUCUCAUGUGAAUAAAGAGCAUCUUGGGGAAGAGCUCACUGAGACACACAGGAAGUGUGACGAGAUUUCAAGGCGAGAGCGUGAGGAUUACAAUCUCCUGAAGGUGCAGUACAAAGAGAUGGAGGAAACUUUACAACAGUGCCAGGAGCUACUUAAGAAACAAUGCUUAGAUCUUGGAGCUGAAGUCCCAUGAUCCACAAAUAACUGUCAAGGGCUGUGUUUAACACCUGGAUAAACAAUAGUGUAAUUGUACUUACUAUAAAUCAACAAUGUGAGUUGAGAGGAGGACUUGGGCCAAUAAGGGACCAAGACAGAUCAGCCACAUGUGGGCGAACUGGUCUCCUGAGAGCUCAGCUGUAAGUGUCUGUAGCUCCAGGGUGGCAUAUGGCCUUCGGAGGGCACCUGAGCAUUGGCUCCUUUCUUGGUGGACCUUUUGGAUAAUCUGUGUUAUUCUGUUAGUUAUUUGUUGUCUGGGGUCUGCAAGAGCAGUCCAGAAACUUGGGGCAAACUGCAGGUUCUGCAAGCUGUAUGUAGAGUGGAACCCUGUGCCAACCACACAGAGUUGCACAGAGCAAUAUACACUAGAGCAAUAUGUCCUACUGUUAGAUGUUAGGCCUCCAUCAAAUCCAUAGCAAGGUAGUCGGCUUUUAAUGUUUUGAGUAACUUCUUAUAACAGAUUUUCCCAUGCAGACUGAUAUGCAUGUGUGGUGACAUAAACCCUUGAGAGGAAUUAAACAGACCUAAAAGCAUCAAGAUCUACCUGUGAAUGCACCGAGAUGUGAUGCAAGAGUUCACAGGUGGCAUGCAGUCCAGACUAAUAAAAAACUUCUAGAUAUAGUGAUGAACAUGAUGUACUCAUGCUCCUCAGUCAUCACACUGUCAGGAGGGCAAUUUGGGCCAGGAGUUCUCAGCAGUGAUGGAAUGGUCACCAUCACCACAAUAGAAGAAAAAAUUAAGAGCGAUAUCUUGAGUCUACCGAGGCACGUAGAGAAAAAGGAACCUUAGUGAUGUUUACAUUGGGUACAGUAAGUACUAUAUCAUUGUCAUACGACAGAAAAGUCUUGGCAUAUACACACACAAAACUAUUUCCAGGUGUUAAUCACUAAACUUGAAGGUUAGGAUCAUGAAGAAGAGUGACACUGAACACCAACUACAAUUCAAUGCCUUCAUCAUGAGCACUUGUUAGACACUGAUAAAAAAAUUGUAAAAGACAUGGCUACAUUUGAUUAAAUUUGUGCCGUUAUAAUCAAUUCAUCCAUGGGUUUAUCAGAUGUAACAAAUUUAAUCCAUUAAACUGCUUAAUAUUUGCCUCA